AUGGAAAUCAUGCAGAAAAACAGAAGUGUAUCUGAGUUCAUGCUGCUAGGAUUGACACAAGAUCCUACAAGGCAGAAAAUGGUGUUAAUAACCUUAUUAAUUUUCUAUGUUGGCACUGUGAUGGGGAACUUGCUCAUCAUUGUGACCAUCAAAUUCAGUCGGACACUUGGGAGUCCCAUGUACUUCUUCCUAUUUUACUUGUCCUUUGCUGACACCUGCUUUUCAACUUCCACAGCCCCCAGACUAAUUGCAGAUGCUCUCUCUGCAAAGAAAGUUAUAUCUUACAAUGAAUGCAUGACACAAGUCUUUGUACUGCAUUUAUUUGGCAGCAUGGAGAUCUUUGUCAUUACCCUCAUGGCUGCAGAUUGCUAUGUGGCCAUCUAUAAGCCCUUGCGGUACCCGACCAUUAUGAGACGGCAGGUCUGCAUCAUCUUGAUUAUUCUUGCCUGGAUAGGGUCUUUUAUACAUUCUACAUCUCAGAUUGUCCUGGUCUUGAAACUGCCAUUCUGUGGACCCAAUAUGAUUGAUCAUUAUUGCUGUGAUUUGCAUCCACUGUUAAAACUUGCCUGCAUGGACACUUAUAUGAUCAAUCUACAGUUAGUGUUCAAUAGUGGGGUCAUUUGCUCAAGCAGUUUCUUGCUUCUGAUGAUCUCAUACUUUGUUAUCUUGCAUUCACUGAGAAACCACAGUGCAGAAGGGAGGAAAAAAGCCCUUUCCACUUGCACCACUCACGUCAUUGUAGUCAUCUUAUCGUUUGGUCCAUGUAUAUUCAUAUACACACGUCCACCAAUCACUUUACCAAUGGACAAGAUGGUGACAGUAUUCUAUACCAUUGGGACACUCUUUCUCAACCCCAUCAUCUACACCCUCAGAAAUACAGAAGUUAAAAAUGCCAUGAGAAAAUUAUGGAGUGUCAAAACCACAGAAAGCAACUGA